CUCCCGCCCCCUUCAACAUUCGACCGCCCGCUCAAACCUCAAGAAACAAGAACCGAGAGUGGGGAAAUCCCCAAAUCCCCAAAUCCCGAGCUCCCUCCCAUGGACAUGGAGAGCGACGAGGCCGCCGCGCGCUCCCUCGCGGCCGUCCCCGGAGGCGGCGGGAGUGAUUUCUUGAGCCGCCUCCCCGACCACCUCCUCGUCGACAUCCUCCUCCGCCUCUGCACCAAGGAUGCCGUCGCGACGACCGUCCUCUCCAGGCGAUGGCGCGCCGUAUGGCCUGGGCUCCCCCACCUCAACUUCGACGGCGUCGACCCCUCCGUACCCGCCCGUGCGCUCGCUUCCUACCAGGACCUCGCCGCAUUCGACAUCCAGCGCCUCGCCGUCUCGCCCAAUCAGGUGGACGCGCAGGAGACCUCCGCCUGGCUUGCCCUCGCCGCGCCCCGCCUCACUGGCCCGCUACACUUAGACAUCAGCCGUGCUCUUUCGGAGGAGGCAUUGGAUGACCUCCUCAUGGCGGACGAGGUCGAUGACGACGACCAGGAGGCCUUGGAGUUCCCCUGCUUUGUCAGAGCCACGGAGAUUCGACUUGACCUGGCGUUUCUUGCCCCGGUGUUGCCACCAAUUGGCGUCUUCGAGGCGCUUAGGUCGAUCUUCCUGCAUAAUUUUCGAUGCCAAGGCCAGAUCAUCUUCAACGACAUGGUGUUUCCUUCCCUGCAACAUCUGACCAUGAACAGGGCCCGUUGCCUGAACGUGCUGAUCAACUCCAACGCGCUGGUAUCCGUUCACCUAUCUUACUUCAUGCUGCUGCAGCAGCUUGCCAUCAUGGCUCCAGGGCUACAGCAGCUAGAGGUGCUGCGCUGCUUCUAUGACGCGCCCAUACCAGUUGCCAACAUUACUGCGGAAAGCUUAGAGGUUCUCAGCUGGGAUGGGCCGUAUGACGCAGAGUUUGUUCACUUUGGAGAGAUGCCUUGCCUCUGGAGGCUCAGAGCCCCUCCCAUCUUCACACUUCGGUGGCAGGAAUUUCAGAUGGCUCAGAUUUGUGCAAGGUUUCUAAAUCGGUUUGCAGCAGUUAAUCAGCUGGAGCUUCACAUGAGUCUUGGCGUGAGUCUUCUUUCUUGGAUACAUUUUUUUACAGUCUCCUCUUGAACUUAAAUUGCCCAGAUAUGAUAGAAUUGAUUUUCUCUUCCAAUAAUGUCACAGUGUGCCUUUGAGAUUGAAUUGCGUUGUGACGAAGCAAGAUCAUAUUGCAACAUGAGAUUUGCUCACAAAUAACUAUUGACUAGUAUGGAAUUAGGAGUUCAGAAACAACACUGUUGGUAUUGAAGGGUAUACUUCCAAUGGUUUGAGUUUGUACACAUUUACAUGUGCGACUAUCCUCGAGGAAAGCAGCAAAUAGGAGUUCAGAAGCAGCAUUGUUGGUAUUGUAGGAUAUACUUCCAGUGGUUUGAGUUUGCACGUUUAUACAUGAGAAAGUAUCCUCCAGGAAAGCGGAAAUAGGACUUCAGAAACAGCACAGUUGGCAUUGUAGGAUAUACUUCCAGCGGUUUGAGCUUGCACGUUUAUACAUGUGAAAAUGUCCUCCAGGAAAGCAGAAAAUAGGAGUUCAGAAACAGCACUGUUGGUGUUGUAGGAUACACUUUCAGUGGUUUGAGAUUGCACUUUUAUACAUGUGCAAUUAUCCUUCAGGAGCAACAUUGUUGGUCUGUUAGGGUAUGCUAUUGCUGGUUUUGAGAUAUGUAUAUACUUCAAAGAUGUCAGAGAGUCUAGAAGGAAAAAAAGAAGAAGGAAAAGAUUGAAAGUUAAGGCUGAUGCAGUUUCUCAAAUUUUUACUGAGUGUAAAUUCACUGAGGGUCAGUAAAAGAAGCUUGGACAAAGUUUGGUCAGUCAGUAUCUCAUUCAUUUCUGAAGUGCGGUGAAGAAAAAUUCAUUCAAAAAUUAAUGCUAGUCAUUGAGUUAUCGACAAAAGAUUAUUUGUCGCCUUCAAGUCACUGUCACUUGUCUUUGGUGUGUAAAGUGAAGUUUACAAUUGUGUGUGCUAGUUUAACUGGGUUCACAUGUUAUAUUGGCAAAUGGUAAUUCUGAAACUACUUCUAUUUUCUGUUUCUGGAUGUUGGGUGGUGCAGACAUGUAUGUCAAGCCGGAGAUGGAAGGGUCACUUCUCUUGAUGGGAGACUUGACCAUCCCUGACGUGAAUGUCUUGGUGUUAUCCUUAGACACAAAUGGGCAUGCGUCUGAAAGAAGUGUAUUGCGAUUGCUCGCAAAGUGCUAUUGCAUAAGAAAGCUGAACCUAUCAUUCCAAAUGCAAGACCAGGUAAUCACACCCUCUGUCAUGUACUAGUAUUCAACAUUUUCACUAUCCUAACAGAGUUGAGCAAUGCAUUUAUUUUACUAUAUAUUCGGGAACCAUAUCAUACUAAUGAUUUUUAAGUGAUACAGUAUAGCUGGUGUCAAAUGGUGUGCAUGAACAAGAAUGCCCAUUGGCUGUUGGAACAGAACUAAAAUUCCAUUCUCUGUUUAAGACUAGGAGAGCAUAGACAUGCCAAGGACAUGCGACUUGAAAAACAAGAGCACUAAGGUGGUUUAACAUUAUGAUAUAAUUAAACUGAGCUCUUGAUACGAGUUAAUUAAUAGGAAUAGUUACAGAGGCCAGGGGGUGAUCCCUCAUUUUCAGAGAAAAAGAAGCUAUUAGGAAUAGUUAGUAUGAAGUGUACACCUAUUUGUCAGGUAUAUCUUUCUUCUACAGUUUUUGUACUUCUUGUCUUGUGUAAUGUAAAGAGGAAGUAUCAUCUAUAGUGGCAGUCUAUAAGAUGUAGAAUUUUAAAAAUAUAAGCUUAUGCUUGAUGUCCUGAAUAUGAUCUUGAUAUCAUGAUGACUGCAUCUCAGGUAUUUCCUUGAUGGUGUUUGAACCUCUGAUCUUAUAUUGCUCCCAAACAAAUGAUAGCAGUAGAUUAAAGAGUUGUCGAUCUUGCCAUUUGCUUAUUCUGUACCACGGCAAAGCUUUUGCACUGCCCAUGGAGUCAUGCAUCUAAUUUUCUCUGUUCAUUCCUAACACACUUACGCGUGUUCUCAUUCCAGGUGGAAAAUUACUGUGUACAAGGCUGCAUUUGCCACACAGAACCAGAAGUUGAGGUCGUUCUGAUGUGGGCUCUGACAAGAAUGGACAUAGUCAACUACAUAGGACUCCAGCUCAACUUUAUGUUGUCGAACAACUAUUGGCAAGGGCGCCUAGAAUUAGAUUGAUGAGAAUAAUAAUCUCGGAGGCUGAGGAUCCUUUCGAAACAGAGGCUGAGGAUCCUUCACUGGGUAUCAUUGAAAGCUUAUGCCCUGCUGGUUGUGUACUUGAGCUUGUAUGGUGUUAGAAGAGUAGAGGAAUAGGUGACCUGAUACCUGACUUGCUAUUAGAGCUGUUGAAGCAUACAUUUUUUGUUUUGUUUUGAGGAAUGUACACAUCUGUCCGUGAGAGACUGAAGAUGAAUGCAUACAUAUUCAUUGUACAUGUACAUGUUGAGCGCCAAGCAUUAUUGUAUACAGUGGGUAUAUACGGAAUCAUGAAUAAUGACUGAAAUAGAAGAAUCUCAUAUAUUGGAUUUGUUCAUAUCAUGGAUGUGAUCA